UGAUAUAUAUCACUCUUAAGUUUACCACUGGCUUCUUGACAGUUGAUAUAAAAUACAUUCUUAGGCUGAUGAUCUUCACGUUUUUGGGUAAAACUGCAAUCGAGAUUAUUCUUGUUUAGUGAUCAUUAUUGAAAAACAAACAAACCUAAACACAAACCAACCAGACUGUUGUUACUUGAUUUAUUAAACAAGUGCUAGGUUCUUUCUUUAGCUUCUGGGAAGCUUAGCCCUAAUUUUGUGCUCAGAUGCAGUUAUUUUCCUUAGUUUAUGUGUUUGAUAAGAAUAUUCUCCUAUAUAUGUCCCAAGCGAGAAUACUUCAUAAAAUACUCAUACUGCCACACAGAGAGCUGGUCCCACAGGCAAAAUUCUAUUCAGCUUAAGGAAGCUAUGUCAAAAUAGAAAAAUAGCUUGAGAUGGAAGUAUCCAAAGGGCAGUGCUUGGAACAUUUCUAUGUCACCAGAUCAGACUAAUUCAAAUAAGCUUUGCCCAUUGCCCCUUAUCCUUCCCAUUUGCUAUCUUUUCGUUGCUCACCUUAACAAUAACCCACCACCACAUAUUCAUACAUACCUCUGUCCACCACACUGGCUUUUAGAGAAAGGAGCCUGUGUUGAAACUCUCAAGUUUUGUAGAAUGCUGUAAACAGUUGUCGAAGUUGUUUCCCAAGAAUCAAAGAGUUGCAACUUCUCCCUCCUAACAAACUUUUACAGUUUCAUUCAAUGCCUAACGUUGCAGAAACAGAAAGGGCAAAUGGUUGUGGAGAUGUUGAGCACAAAUCAGAGAGAAAUUGUCUUGAAGAGAAUUUGCAAUGUGCUGUAAAAUCUUUCUGCACAAGUACCUCAGGAGCAUCCUUGGGUCCUAAAGGAGAUGGUCAUUAUCCAUGGAGUUGUCCAGUGACUCACACUCGAGAAAAAAUUUAUGCUAUCUGUUCAGACUAUGCCUUUCUCAACCAGGCAACCUCCUUCUAUAAAACUCCAAAUCCAACACGCUCUUCUUGCCUCCCCAAUAGUACCUCUUUGUCUGCUGGAAAUAAUUCAAGAUACAUUGGUAUCCCUUCUAGUACAUCGGAAAUAAUCUAUAAUGAAGAAAAUAGCUUGGAAAACUUAUCCAAUAGCUUGGGGAAGCUACCUCUUGCAUGGGAAAUUGACAAAUCUGAAUUUGAUGGGGUGACCACAAAUUCAGAAUCAGGCAAUGUAAAGAAACAAAUUUCCAAGAAAAAAACUUCAGAUAAGAAAGGAAGACAUCAAAGGGAGUGUCCUCAGCAUUUUCCUCUUGAAGAUAUUAAGCAACGCAAAGUAUUAGACCUCCGACGAUGGUACUGCAUAAGCCGACCACAAUAUAAGACAUCUUGUGGUAUCUCCUCAUUAAUUUCUUGUUGGAAUUUUUUAUAUAGCACAAUGGGAGCUGGAAAUCUUCCACCUAUUACCCAAGAAGAAGCUUUACAUAUUUUGGGCUUUCAACCCCCAUUUGAAGAUAUUAGGUUUGGCCCUUUCACUGGAAAUACAACACUUAUGAGAUGGUUUAGACAAAUUAAUGACUACUUCCAUGUAAAAGGAUGUUCUUAUGUUCUAUAUAAGCCUCAUGGGAAGAAUAAAACAGCUGGAGAAACUGCUGCAGGGGCCUUGUCAAAGUUAACUCACGGACUGAAAGAUGAAUCACUGGCUUACAUCUAUCAUUGCCAAAAUCAUUAUUUUUGUCCAAUUGGCUUUGAAGCAACCCCUGUUAAAGCUAAUAAAGCAUUCAGCAGGGGUCCACUCUCACUACAGGAAGUAGAAUAUUGGAUCUUAAUUGGAGAAUCAAGUAGAAAACAUCCUGCCAUUCACUGUAAAAAAUGGGCAGAUAUUGUUACUGAUCUAAACACUCAAAAUCCAGAAUAUCUAGAUAUCCGGCACUUAGAGAGAGGGCUGCAGUAUCGAAAAACAAAGAAGGUUGGAGGAAAUUUGCAUUGCAUCAUAGCAUUCCAGAGACUUACUUGGCAUAGAUUUGGCCUUUGGAACUUUCCAUUUGGAACCAUUAGACAAGAGUCACAACCUCCAACACACGCCCCAGGAAUUGCCAAAUCUGAGAGUGAAGAUAAUAUCUCCAAGAAGCAGCAUGGGCGUCUGGGCCGGUCUUUCAGUGCUAGUUUCCAUCAGGACUCUGCAUGGAAAAAGAUGUCUAGUAUCCAUGAGAGAAGGAAUAGUGGCUACCAGGGUUACAGUGAUUAUGAUGGGAAUGAUUGACUGUGCUGGGUACUGAUUGAAUUAAGACAGUAGAUUUUAUUGUUUCCAUUAAGUGUGAAUAGAUUUUGUGGUACAAAACAUAAUCUUGUAAUUCUCCAGUAAAUAAGCUUGUGUAUGAUUACGAUGGGUGAUCUCAGAUAUAUGAGCAGAUUAAGCACAGAUUUUUUUUUAAAGUUUACUUUAAGCAAUCUGAACAGAAAGUUACACAAAAUCCAAGUAAAUUACAACUCCUGUCCACACGAGUCAAACAAAUUCACUUAAUAGUAUCAAGACAUGAAAUACUUAAGCAUGACAUGAUUUCUAUGACUUCAUCCCCAAACAUUUGUUGUAGCUUUACUCAAGAUGUAAGGCACCAUUGGCCUUCUAAAAAAAAAAAAAAAAAAAAAAAAUGGGCUGUCAAUUUCUAGUUUUUCUCUCUCAUUUAGAAUUAUUCAGUGAGUUCAGUCAUUCUUUUACUUGUCUGCCUCAUUUGAUUUCCUAGUUAACUUUCUCAGGAUUCUCAAUAAAGAGGCAAAAGAGAAAAGACUCAAAGAACUCAUCUUUUCUAUUGGUGCAAAUGGUUGACUUAGUCCAUUGAUUCAGGAUAUUCUUGACAUUUUUGACUUGGUACGUUACCAUCAAAUAUUGACAACAUCCUUGAGUCUUGAAUGACUUGCGUAAAUCUAGAAUAAGCCUUUUUUUAGGGCUAGAGUAAAAGUGCAAGUGGCAUCUGAAGUUUCUGUACCUAAGGUAAUCUGAAAUGAGAUCUUGAGAUUUGAUUGGCCAUUCAAUAUGGAAUCGUAUAUUGAUAAGAGCAUUAAAGAUGCACUAGAAAUGCCCAAGUCACUCGGAGGGCAACUAUCCAUAUUCCAUUUCCAACUCUGAGCUAUUUCCUUUUUUUAAAAAACUUAUAGACAAUUGGCUGUUUGAAGUGUUAAAUACUUCAGAAAGUAUGGAUUUCAUAUAUUUGAAUUCCUCUCUAGCUGCUGUAAAUUUUUCUGCUGCUGCUAACCUGUGACUUACAAAAGACUAUGGUCUCUUAUUCUCUCAUUUCAGGGUUUUUUUUUUUCAGGACACAAAUCAGUAACUUGGUUGUUACAAGGUGCUGGAUAUGUUGGUAACCAUAUUGCAAUACAACUCAAAGAGAGGAUUCCGAUUUUUAUUUUUAAAAUAUUUUCAAUUUUUUCUCUUUUGAAUUUUUAAUCCAUUAUCCACUCAUACAUGCCUAGCUUACAGAAGGGGAUAUGUAUUAUGAAAUGGUCAUUUUUUGAAGAGAGUAUUUUGCUUAAAAUGAAAAGGAUUGAAAAAGAUUUGUUAGUGGUUUUUGUUACUUCAUACUGGGGCUUUUAAAAAGUUUUCAUUAAAUAAAGGUUUGUUUUCUACUUUU